GGCAUGACGCACAUAUCGAGUUUUUAAGCCCAGGACACCAUUUGCCUGUUCUGGUGGUGCUUUUUGUUUGGUUCAAUGACUUGGGUUGAUACUGGAGUGCGAGUGAGUAUCUCCAGUCUAUUGAAAUUACAAGGACCGCACAGACGUGACAUGAAGUUCUAAGAAAACCCUUGAAGAUUGAGAGAGCAUGGAAAGUGUUACUGACUUAAGUGGCGAUUCGAUCUCUCAACCCCAAUUUCAUUUGUCCUUGCGCUUGAAAUGCUUGAGGCAAAUACAAUCAAUUGUGAUUGAUGGCGGUAAUGCUAAAUCCAGUUACGAAGAAAUGAUGCGACAACAAAGCUUAAUCAAUGCCAUAUUCGAUCUCGUGGACCUAAAUUCGUGCAAAGGGGGUAGACAUUCCAAGCUAAUCCAAAAAGACACCACAGAGCCUGGAGAAGUGGUUCGUGACUAUUUUCAAAAUAACCUUAGACAAGCGGAAAAGAGAUGGACCAAAGAUGAGUUCACUCAACUUUGGACCAAUGCAGACUUUCAAAGACUGAUGACCCAAUACAUUGAUGAAAAUUUCAGUGAUGAUCUGAGACGAGUUACAGAGAUGCUGAUUUGGAUCGUCAAUCCAAGAAGGAUCUCCAUGGAGCUUCGGAGUCGUUUGGAUCAUAUUUAUCAUGGACUGUGUCAAGUGGAGGAUCCCAGCGUGGGGAUAACCUUGGAAGGAUUGCGGUCGAUCUUAACGGCAAAACAUCCUUGGUUAGUUGAUCGUCUAUUUGCUCGCUUGAAGAAAGAAUGGAAUAUUGCCAAUCUGAGGGCAGAAGACGUCCACCUAAUAUUUCUUCACAUCCUUGGACAAGAACCUGACACAAAGACCUUCUUCCUGUUUUCACUUUUUGACGAAAGUGGUGGGGGCAAGCUCACUUGUACCGAUCUAAAGCAAGUGCUCUCCGAUUGCAUGCAAGAUAACGGUGUCGCGUUCGAAGAAGAAGAACAAAGACAAAUGGUAAAGGUCCUGAUUCAAGAAUGUCUUGGUGUGAAAGGAGUUGACAAAGUCUGCUAUUCUGGGGUCACUAUCGAAUAUAAAGAUAUCCUGAAUCUCCUUAGUCAUGAGAGUGACCUAGCACCAACGAUCGCUUUGAGUUUAGAUUUAUGGUUGGCUCCUUUGAUCGCUACCAAAUCGAGGUUACGAAUUCAAAACAUCAUCCCUAAAAACUUUGUUGGAAACAAUCUUCAGCAUAUUGCCUUCGUCAUCGCGCUAAUAGUUGCCGUGGUCCUACUUUUCAUUAUUCGUGGUGCCCAAUUCCAUGACGCUAAGAACAUCGAUGGAACAACCAGUUGGAUCAUUAUAAUUGCUCGAGGCUGUGGGGUAUGCAUCAAUUUCUUGGUGAGCUUACUGACCUUACUGAUGUGUCGUUGGUUAACCACCUUACUGAGAAAACACCACUGGACCGAGUAUCUACCAAUUGAUCAUCAUGUGUCUUAUCACAAACUUAUGGGCGGGUUGGUGUUCAUUUUUGGGAUUAUUCAUACAAAAAUGCACCUGAUGAAUCUCGUGUUGAACUUGAAAGCCGAUUUACAGGCCGUGAUUUCCCUGAACAGCUUGCAGCGACCAACUAAUAUGCAAUACAACUUCACUUACUCAGAGUGGCUAUUCACUGCCAAGCCAGGGCUAUUUGGGUUCUUUCCGGGUUGGGCAUUCCCCACUGGAAUGGCAUUAUUGUUCGUGUCAAUUCUGAUGGGAGUAGGCGUGGUUCCAGCCAUUCGCCGAAGAGGCCAUUUUGAGAUUUUUUAUUUCACACAUCUUGGCUACCUUUUAUUCUGGCUUUUGUUAUGUCUACAUUGUCCCAGUUUUUGGCAGUGGUUCAUCAUGCCAAGUCUACUAUUUUUUGCUGGAAAAGUGCGAAUGAUUUAUAAUUGGUUCAAUGGAGAUGGCAAGACUUAUGUGGUGGCCGGAGCUCUUUUGCCUUCUAAAGUAACUCAGUUGGUCAUUCGAAGAAACCCGGAUUUCCAUUUUCGUCCAGGGGAUUGGGUGUUUGUCAACAUUCCGAUCAUAAGCAAAUUUGAAUGGCAUCCUUUCACCAUUUCGAGCGCUCCUGAAGAGAAAGACGUUUUAACACUACACAUCAGAAGCCUUGGAGGUUGGACCAAAACCCUGCAUCAAUAUUUUUUGGACGAGAACGAAGCAAUUGAAAACGAAAAGCUUGGAAUUUUCGUCAACACCCCCAACACUUCUCAAUCUAUGGCGAGAGCCAUCAAAUCAGUUUAUAGAGGCGCAGAAGUUUCGCCUAAAAUUGAGUCUGAAGAUCAAGCUACUGCAGAGCCAAUUACUAAAGACCCAAUUAUCGCAGACCCGGCUACAGAAGAGGUCGAGGAAAGUUAUAGUUAUUACAAGAUUGAAGAUGACCGUUUUGACGUCUCCCAAAAAUCGAAGGAACUGUCAGAUGCAUUCUCGUUGGUUUUUAAUCCCAACAACAUUUUGCAAAAGGAUUAUGAGGAUUCUCAAUCCUUUUUACUCAGACCUGCAAGAAAAAUCCUACUUGCAGAGGGGGAAAUUGCAGAAAACCAAGUAGGCUAUCAUGAUAUUCACUCGAGAAGCCACAUAACUUCAAGACCAAAAACCACUCACUCGAGAGCCCGAAAGCCGCUUUGCCUCUACAUGAAUGGGCCCAACGGGGCUCCAGCAAGUUCCAUUUUUAAUGCUGAACACGCCAUCUUAGUAGCCACUGGCAUUGGUGUAACCCCAUUUGCCUCCAUUUUACAAUCAAUCAUGUUUAAGUACUGGGAGUCCCAAAAUGUGUGUCCACGGUGCAAUCAUCAAUGGUCAGAUGGAAAAACACCUAAAAAAAGUUUUAAAUUAAACAAGGUGGAUUUCAUCUGGAUAAAUCGAGAACAAAAGUCUUUUGAAUGGUUUCUCCAACUCUUGGCUCAACUGGAGAUGGAGCAAGCCCAGCAUUUUGGAAAAAACGCCGAUCAAUUUGUUGAUGUUCAUUUAUAUAUUACUUCAGUUUUACCCGUGACAGACGUGAAGGCUAUAACCCUUCACUUGGCGCUUGAUCUUAUGCACAAACAGACUAAACGUGACCUCAUAUCCGGCCUCAAAACGCGAACCAAAGCCGGGCGACCCAAUUGGGACGACCUGUUCCGCAAAGCGGAAAAAGCAAACUAUGGCAAAGUGAGUGUGUUUUAUUGCGGCAAUCCAUUGUUAGCCAAAACUUUGGCCACAAAAUGCAACGAAUUCAAAUUUGAUUUCAAGAAGGAGAUCUUCUAGCGUGAGACUAGUAAAAUUUACUUUUCACACACUCCUUAAUUCGACGACAACAACAACAUCAAAAGACUCAUUUGAGGUCACUGGCGCGGUCGGUCCAAGAUCAUGUUGGUUUUAAGGUCCUCCAACGAAGGCAAGGCCUCGUGUUCCUUCUGAUACCGCCGGAUCAUUUGUCGAGAGCUCUGAAUCGUCCCUUGAAUGUUGCGGAUUAUUUGACGGCUCUCGGACGGUUUGGUCUCUGUAAGUAACCGCUCUUCGGCCAACGAUGUUAAGCCCUGAAGCUCGUCCAGUACUUCGUUUAACUCCAACAUCAAUUUGACGUGAUCCAAACCUUCAGACGAAGAUGUCGAUGCAGCCAUUGUUUGGAGCAAUACAGGAGAAACAAUUACGAACGGAGUAAUGGUGUACGUUUUAUGUACGCUGUCCACCUUUAAAAAUACCAACCAGAAAAUGUGCGAGGCAGUGUCGCCAAAAAUUUGGAAGAAAAACGCGCCUACGAUUUGCACAAAUCACAAAAAGACAGCAUGAUUUUUAUGAAUUAUGAUUAGUAUUGAAUAAAAAAGCCUCUUGCACUGGACAUAACC